AGAUUUUCAAGAGUCACCUCUAUUCUUCUUAUUAUUUCGUAUGCCAUCGGAAAGCUAGCGCUUGCUUAGGACAAGGGUAUUAAACCCUCCUGACAAAGAUGAAAGCGUUAGUGCUCAGCAUUGCGCUUCUGGCGCUCUCUACUUUUGCCCAGUCAGAAGAUACCAAAGAAUCAGUAGGAAGCGCGACAGCAUCAAGUUCGGAUGAUGAGGACCCCGGAGAAGCCUGGAUGAAGGCACCAGCUGGUACUGUGGCUGUGAAGAGUGGGGAGGAUGCUCUUCUCACCUGCGUGGUACUUGGUGCCAGGGGGAAACCAGUGCUUUGGAGGCGCGCCAGGGAUUCAAUGCUUCUGACUGCUGGUGGAGUCAGGGUCACGAGAGACGACAGGAUCAAUGUUCUGCACGAUGACUCGGAUGAGCCCCUACAAGGUCCCGGUAUACGCAAAGGUGGAGACGUUUGGGCGCUUGUGAUAAAAUCAGCGAAGUCCUCCGACGCGGGUCUGUACACGUGUGAACUGAACACACAGCCUCCCGUGAGAAGUUUCCACAGACUUUCAGUUAUUUCACGAGGCCUUACACCUCCGGAAGCUCAAAACACAACAGACCAAUACUCAGCAAACAAUCCAACUCUCUCGACAGUGGCUUUAGCACACAAUUACACAGAUUGUUGCGUCAACGCGAAUGUGUCCCGGGGCUGUCUAGGAUUCUGCAGCAUCCAGACGAUUCUAGAAGGAACCGGACAGGAUCCGGAAACCUGUCAACCUGACUUCCCAUCUAUUGUCAAAUGUAUGGCAGACGGGAGAAAUCACGUACCAUGCUGUAUCCAGGAGAAAGUACCAGAUAUCUGCCAGGACGUGUGUCGUGGAGAGUUCACGCCUGUUACCGAUAAUAUUAAAACGCACUACUCUUGCGCAUCCUAUAUGGAGAGGACUCUUGCCUGUAUUGUAGAAGGAAUUGAACUCCUCCCAAGCCCACCAGAAGACGUCGAAGUUGAGCCAAUAAGCGAGAAGCAGCUGAACGUCUCCUGGAGUCCACCAACAGAGAACACAGACACGGUCACGGAAUAUGUUGUCAAUGUUACGACAUUAAGAUCAUUUGAUGUCCACUUAAUAGACCCCUCAGAGAGCUCAAUGCAAAAUAAUACAAUGAAAAUGGGGACAUUCACGGUCAUCAAAGUGUCUAAAGAGAAGAACUUUUUAGCGUUAAACGAUUUGCUGCCCUUUACAAUGUAUGAAAUAACUGUAACGUCGUAUAAUAUCCAUGGAUCGAGUCUGCCGAGUUAUAGUGUGAGGUCUUUAACUCUAACACCUGGCAAAAUGAAGCCAACAGCAGUAGCAGCAGCUCCGAAACUUCCAGACGUUAAAAGCUGUUGUCUGGCAGCCGGCAUGAACCAUUAUGGCUGCGUUGACAAACUCUGCGACCCCACCAAGACCUUUGAGAUAGGUUUACAGGUGACAGAUUUGAUGAUCUGUGCCCCAUGGGCUGGAGUCACUUUCGGGUGUCUUGCGAAUGGCAUGGACCACACACCAUGCUGCCGUUCUCGGGGUCUCCCCGACGCCUGUCUCGCCUUGUGUAGUGGAAAUAUUACUAAUCUGGAUUUUAACCACUUUAAAUGUCUUCGCUUCAUGUCUGGCUACACCAACUGCCUCCUGCAAGGCUACGGAGUCCUCCCAGGCCCCCCAACCAAACUGCACCUUACAAACAUCGACACUGAUUACGCAGUUGUUCAUUGGUCUGCCCCCGCGGCGUUGGCGGAUACUGUACAGUUUUAUAACAUACACUUCAAAGCUUUACAACUGGAAGACGAUUAUAGGACGAUAGAUGCGGUCCAGUCACCUUACAUCUUAGAAGAUUUGGAAUCAAACACAGAUUAUGAGAUUUAUGUCGAAGCUGUCAACGAACACGGAUUGGGUGAGGCAUCACCAAGGCUGAUAUUUAGGACUCAGAGUAUUGCUAUAGAAGAAGAAGUGGAAGUAGCAAACGCGUACAAUGUGACACAGUGCUGCGCGAAAGUCCAAGUAGCUUCUGUCUGCAUGUCUCUCUGUUCAUACGAUGCCAAGAUGUCCGAUUUGAGGAAGCUUGCACCGCUCUGUGCACAGGAGUUCCACAAAUUACUUCGCUGUGGCGCUGGAGGUCGGAAUCACGAAGCGUGUUGUGCACGACGCGGUGUUCCGCCAUCUUGUCGUGGCGUCUGCGCAGGUGCAUAUCGUGGUGGCGUCAACACCUGCGUUUCAUAUAUUGGAAAUAUUGUGCAAUGCUUUGAAGAAGGAACUGGUAAUCUACCCGGCCCGCCCAGGGAACUCCACGCGGUGGUUUCCCAUGACAAACUCUUCCUGGACUGGACACCACCACAAGACGGAGCCAAUGCGACCUACUACGUGGUACAUUGGCAGAAAGUUGACAACAAUUCACAACCCUACUACUUCAAUACACUGCAAUUGGACAGUCAAAUGCAAGUUAACGACACAAAAGUACGUCUGGAAGGUCUGGAAGUAAACUCCACUUAUCAUUUGUUCGUGGUAGCAGCCAACGAAUAUGGAACAUCAUUACCAUCUAGUAUGCUGUUGCUGAACAUCACUGAAGAUGUUGUGAAUAAGGAGGUGACCGGAAUUCCAUCUCCACCUCACUCUCUCUCCGUGUCUUCUCAUUCAGCAACCUGGCUCACAUUGAGCUGGCAGCCACCACUCUUCUCGCAACCUGAUGAGAAAAUAACUUACACGCUCUUCUUCAAAUCACCAUCACAACUGGGUACGAGCAACGUAACGAUAAUAUCAACCACUGUUCCUGCGCAUACGCUUGAGAAAUUGACACCAAAUACGCAGUAUGUCGUCUGGGUGACGGCCCAUGCCGUGGCAGGAAACUCGCUGCCUUCUGAGACUUUACUGGCCUGGACUGAUCCAGCUUAUCCAGCAUUUGUUGAGCCCCCAACAAUCAACCCCGUAAAUCUAGUGGUGGAAGGCUCCAGCAUGACCAUUCUGUGUAUUGCCAUGGGGACACCGACGCCUACCAUAUCAUUAUACAUAUCAGGUCGGCUCGUCCGUCAAGAGAUGACACGUCAUAUGGUGACUGUGAUUCAUAACGUGACGCGAGACAUGGACCAGAUAUCGUGCUAUGGGGACAAUGGCUACGGCACGCCCAUGCAAGCGUCUCGCAAGAUCAAUAUUUCACAUGUACCUACAAUCCAGGCGUCUGGAAUAACAAUGGCGGCAGCUGGAGAUGCUGUUAUCCUGGAGUGUCGAGUAGAAGCUCUUCCUAAGCCAACUAUAGCUUUCUGGAGGGACCCCAACGGAAGAACCCCAGUCAUCGAUGGUCCCAACUACAGCAUUCAACUAUUGGCUGAUCCAGAGGAACAAACCAAGUACACAAUGAGGCUCAUAAUCAAGAAGAUAAGCGAAGCAGACGAGGGUGACUACUUCUGUCAUGCUGAGAACGCCUUCGGGAAGACUUUGAGACCAGUCUCAGUGAGACUUAGGUCAACCAUGCCACACCAUAAUGUUACAGAGUGCUGUGCUGAGAUGAACGUGUCGUCGUCAUGCAUAGAUGCCUGCAGCUUCCACCUUGACAUGGACAACAUCAUGGACCGUCCCGAGUGCAUCAAUGAUUUUGACAAGUUGAUGAAAUGCGCUGCCGAUGGCUCUGAUCACCGUAGCUGCUGCGCCUCAUGGGGCGUUCCAAGAAAUUGCUUGGAGCUAUGUCGAGGAGGGCCAGUUUCACGCUCCUGCGCAUUGCAACACGCUCGUCGCGCAUUGGCCUGCUUCCGGGACUCUGGAGCCAGACUACCAGGUCCACCAAGGAAUUUGAAAGCUCAUGUUGCACCGACACCACACUCUGUUCUAUUAAGUUGGGACGCACCGAUCAAGAACCCGCAAACAGUCUACUUGUACCGGGUAUUCUGGCGAGCGUAUGGUGCCAAAGUACCUGAGAAGUUGGACACUAGUGAGACAAGUGUGGUACUCACUGGCCUUAAUGAUGACGUCAAGUAUGAGUGUGUAGUCAAAGCUGCAAACGAUGUUGGAACUUCAUCGCUUAGUCAAUCUAUAAUGUUCACGACGGCGGGACAAGAGACCGGUGCGGCAGCGGCUCCAGUCACUGGUUCCAGCACAGCCUCCGCGGUAGGAGUGGCAGUUGCUUGUAUUUUGGUCGCAGCUAUCCUGUUGGCUGGUGGAUUCUAUUACAAACAUAGAAAGAAUCUAAGGCUUAAAGCUCAAGGUGGAGUCGCCUUUGAAAACCCAAGCUACUUGAGAGAACCAAAUCCGGACACUAUCGUAAAUGGUACGGUGCCUAACGGUAAUGCGAACGGAGGGAAUGGAGUCGCCAAUAGUGUGUCAAAUAGCACAGCAUGGAGACAAGAAACAUUACAGAACCCUAGCACGGCAACACCAGCAGCACGAGAAGUAGAUCCUACUUUGUAUGAGGAAUUGAAGCUGGGGCAAGACGGGGCCGGCUUCAAAAGACUGAAAUAGCCCGAGGUUCGCCGCUCUCCGCUCCGAUCGCCGCGGCUUUCGUCGCGCGUGGCACCGGAGAACUGAGCGGCGACGGGCAAAGUACCCGCUUAUAUACCGUGACGUCGCGCGUGGUGAAGUACCCGCAUUUGGACUUUUAGUGCUGUUUUCGUACUUCAGAAUGUUGUUAUAGCUACAAUGUACUGCAUUUUGAAGUAGUUCGAUGUAGUGUCAAUGUUAAAAAUCCACUAGUGGUCUGGGCGGAGCUUAGAUGCAAUAUAUUUUCCAUAGUUAAAUGUGAUUAUAACCAAAAAAGAUAUACUUAAAGCUGUAUAUAUGCAAUAUGAAAGCAAUAUUAGCAGUGUAAUGGGUAUUAGUGGUAGCUAAAAACUUCCAAAAGCCUAAUAUUUCAAAUAGGCGACUAAGUUGGUUCUACCUAACCUCAAAACGGUUAUUUGAAUUUAGUGAUUUCAACACAUAACUGAUAAUUACCCAAAUUUGCAAGCGUUUCUCUGAUUUGAAAUUCGCACAAACAUCAACAAAUGUCAUUGAUCGUUUCGAGUUUGCAUUAAUAUGUUUGCACAGUUAGUUCAUCUCAAACGCGUUCUGAUGAACGUUUAAAUUGUAGAUAAUAGUUUUUAAAAUUAGUAUUUCUUAAAACAUGUGCCUUCGAACAAUAUGUAGUAGGAUAAGUUCGGCCUAUAUGUAAAUACAGACAUUCCGUAGUUGUAGGCCUAGAUUAAGACCCGAAUCUAUGCUAAGAAAAAAAUGGUUUUCUGUAAAGUCGGUUAUCGGACGAUAGUUUAACGUGACAAACAUAACAAAUCAUUGAUAAAAUGAUUGUAUACUUUUAUUAAUAAAACGCAUAGGCCAAUCGAGUAGAAGAGAGAUAGAUGCGGCGCAAGCGUACAAUGAGCGUAACGGAACAGAGCGUAACAGGACAAUGAUUUACUCUUUUUUGAUCGAUUUAUUAGACGUUGUCUCGUCAAAAGUCCUGUAGUUUAUUUACGACAACUGGGCUCAUUCCCUAAUAAUUAUAUAUGUUAAUACAAUUUUAAUUUUCGAAUGUCAAAUAAGAACCUAUGUUUUUGUCACAGUUAAUAUAUGCGAUUUUACUCAAGAUAUACGUAUAAAGAGAUAUAUGUCACAUCAGUGAGCAUUUUAACUACAGUUCAAUGUUUGUCGGGUCCUAGACUGUCUAAAGAAUUUAUAUAUAAUGAAAUUUAUUUUCCACAAUUUAUUGAUAGUUACCCUUAUUUCUUUUCGCUGAGUAAUCACAGUGUUACGUAAAUACGAGAUAUUAAUGUGAUUUGAAAACAUAUAAAAUAUUAUAGAUUUCAGUAAAAAAUAAAAAAUAUUUUUUCCUUCCUUUUUAUAUAUAGCGUAACGGAAAAUUUCUCAAUAAUUGUACAAUCAAUCAGAAAAUAUUUCGUAUUUUAAUACUGUGUAUGGGGGUUGACAUUUUGACUUUAUGUCAACUCUGCUCAGACAAGGAUUGUGAUUAUUAGUGUAUUAGGUAAUUGAUUGCUCUUAACAAUAUCUCAAUUAGUACUUGUAACCUAACUUUUGAUAUACUGUUUAGAGUAAUUUGUGUAAGACGAAUGUGAUUAGAGGUGUAAAUAAUAAAAAAUAUAAAUUAUU